UUGAAAUUUAAAAAAAAAGGCAUUUGAACAGGGAAGUGUUGACUUUACAUCCACUCUUAAAGUGGUUUGUCACUUUAAAGAAUCUGUUUUUAAUGAGAAUUUUUGAAAUUUUAUGCGACAAAACAGGGGGAAAGACUCAAAAGUCGGAGACAGUUAAAAUGCUUCGCAUUCUUCCGACAGGUCACAUUGAUCCGAUGGUUACCUGGUUAAUUUGCGUUUUUCGUAACUGUUGCAGUCCUACAAGUUACUACAUUCUCGUCUAGUUUCUACAUGUACCCACUCAGCAAGGGUUUUUGUAGAUCAAAUUCUCCUGAUGAAGACAUGAGGUCACAGUCAAAGCCAUACUGAAAGGAAAGACUAAAACACCAACGAGGAGGAAAUGAAGUUGAUGGAUAGCUACUUCGCACAUUUCUUCGGACAUUUCGUAAAAUAAGUUGGUUUCAUCAAUGAAAACCAGACAAAAGUGGGGAUGAUAUUACCAAAGGCAGUCAGAUUCAUCAUUCUACCCCUUCUGGCUGCAUGCAUCUUGUGGGAGAAUACGGGCUACUCUCAGUCAACAGAAUUGGUAUUCCAAGAUGUGACAUAUCGAACAUUUUUCCAGAAUCAUGUCAGAGAGAAAAGAAAUGAAAAUUGUUUUGCAGCAAAUUGUUCUACAAUAUCAGUGGACAGUGUCUUCUCAUUGGACACGCUAACAAUAGACAUCGAGCCAACAGGGUUCAUUGAUCUACUGAGGGAUGCUGUGAAAAAUUUCAUCUUACCUUUCAAGAUCACAGAUGAUUUAAUGGUGGCAAGCUUAAAUUUGACUACAGCCUGCUACCAAAACUCUACUGGAGGAUAUCAGUGUUAUUGUGAGGAUCAGUUCUUAUGGUCAAAGGACAUUUGUAACACAAUUGGUGCAUGCAGCAAUGCCAGCACACAAACCUGCAACUGCAUUAAUGGACUUCCACCUGGACAUUUCUGUGAACCAAGUAUCAUCACACAUCAACCAUUACCAAGAGAAGUUGAAACUGUCAUCACAGUAGACACUUCAAAUAACAUUGAGUCUUCACAAUUCAUUAAUCUACUGAGGGGUGUUCUGGAUAACAUCUCUUUGCCACUGGAGAUAGCAGAUAAUUUAACAUUGACAAGCUGGAAUUUGACCACAGGCUGCUAUCUAAACUCUACCGGAGGACGCGAGUGUCAUUGUGAAGAUUCCUUUGCUUGGUCAUGUGACAUCUGUUACACCUAUGGUGCAUGCAGCAAUGCCAGCUCCUCACGCUGUGACUGCAUAUAUGGAAUCCCUUCAUUUGGAACGUUCUGUCAACCAAUCUCAA